UUCUGCGGGCGCCCGCACGCCUGCCGCAGUGUCUUGGCAGGGCCUUUGCUUUUUCGUGGAGUCUUCUCAUCCCGAGUCGCCUCUUUAGGAAAUUACUUAAUCUUUGGCUUUAUCAUUCUCACAUCCUCUUCCUAACUAGUUUUCUGCACUUUUGGAGACUGAAAAAUACUGCAGAGAGAAGAGGUGGGGGCUGUAGUAGAAACAAGCAAAACUGACCUCCCAGUGUGGGGACCUCCUGGAGAAGGGUAAUUUUCUGACUUCUUAAGUCGGCUACCAAAAUCAGUCAUUUUGCUUCAUUUGCUCUUUCACUUCCUAAUUCUGCAAAAAACACCGGGCGACAAGAUCAUGGAGGAGCGCCUGCAGGUGGCUCAGCUGUACAAGGAAGAAGGGAACCAGCGCUACCGGGAAGGGAAGUACCGAGAUGCUGUGAGCAGGUAUCAUCGAGCUCUGCUUCAGCUGCGGGGUCUGGAUCCAAGUCUGCCAUCCCUGAUACCUAAUUUAGGACCUCAGGGCCCGACUCUCACACCUGAGCAAGAAAACAUACUGCACGCCACCCAGACAGACUGCUACAACAAUCUAGCUGCCUGUCUCCUUCAGAUGGAGCCAGUGAACUAUGAACGAGUGAGAGAAUACAGUCAGAAAGUCCUGGAACGACAACCUGAUAAUGCCAAGGCCUUGUAUCGGGCUGGAGUAGCCUUUUUCCACCUGCAGGACUAUGACCAGGCUCAGCACUACCUCCUGGCUGCUGUCAAUAGACAGCCUAAAGAUGCCAAUGUCCGGCGGUACCUACAGCUUACACAGUCGGAACUCAGCAGCUACCAUAGGAAAGAGAAGCAGCUCUACCUGGGCAUGUUUGGUUAACAAAGAAGAAAGACGCUCCUCCACUUGAACUUAGGAGGACCUUUAAAGACCCAUGAAGGGGAAAUCUGAGCCUCAUCAAGAGAAAUUAACUCUAUACCUCUGACCCAGGUGGAUUUCUGUUUUGUUUCCAGUUCUACACAAACUACUACUCACACAGUCUGUGUUUUUUGUUUUGUUUUGUCUAUCCAUCUAUAUAUUUGUGUCGCUUUCAGUACAUGUUAUUGUUGGAGACAAUUUGCCUUGAGAAAUACAAUCAGGAAACAUUCAUCAGUUAUAGGUGGAAUGAAUCAUAUCUCUGGGCAUAGAUUUUAAUGAUCGAUGUUGUUAGAUGUAUUCAUAUACAAAAGAGAAGGCUAGGGGCUGGCGGCUGGUUAGCUCAGUUGGUUACAGUUUGGUGUUAUAACACCAAGGUGAAAGGUUCAGAUACCAGUACUGGUGAGCCGCCAAAAAAAACCCCCCCAAAACAGAAGAGAAGGCUAGCAAAGGAAUUUCUUCCUUUGUUUUCUCAGAUGCCCAGAGCCAAACUGGGAAAUAUAUUUUUUGUGAAACCAGCCAAUUAUAAAUUGGGCCCAAAAGUAUUAAAAUGAAAGAUUUUAAAUUAAUCAUUUUUGGUUAAAUUAAUUCCUGUUCUCCUUAAUAUUUCACACACAUUCAGAUUCUUUUUCCCCAACAAAAGUAUCUGGUUCCUAUUUUUU